GCAACACCGGGAACUCCAAACUGCAGGCUCAUGCUCCCUAGGGCUCAUUGCAGCGCAACGGCUCCUCGUCGCGUCCCUCCGCCCGCCGAGGCCCCGCCGCCCGCGCCGCCGCCCGCGCCCCUCGCCGCCGCCGCCGCCGCCGCCGCAGGAGCCGCAGCCGCAGGAGGAGCCGCCGCAGGAGGAGCCGCCGCAGGAGGAGCCGCCUCCCAAGGGCGCCGCGCCCGUUGCGUUUGAACGGCGCGGGCACACCUCGGCCGCGCAUGCGCACGCCCAUUCACACGUGAUAAAACGGGACGUAAACAAAUGUAGGGAAACGGCGAGCCCUGGAUCAAUGUGAAUUGGCCGCCGCGUGUCCCUCCAGAGCCCAGAUUGUUGCAGCCGCACCUGGAACCGCAGCAGGUGGAAUGUCGGGAAGCAGUAGUGGCUCCAGCGCGGGCACCAACCUCGUUAAGAGGGUGUACCUGGACUACAAUGCCACGACACCUCUGGCCCCUGAGGUCAUCCAGGCCGUGGAGCAGUCAAUGCAGGAUGCCUGGGGGAACCCAAGCUCUGCCCACGAGGAAGGGGCAAGGGCAAGGACGGUGAUCAACCAGGCCAGAGAGGACGUGGCCAGAAUGAUAGGUGCGACGCCCCAGGAUGUCCUCUUCAUGUCUGGGGGAACAGAGUCAAACAACCUGGUCCUUCACUGUGCAGUCACACACUUCCGCAAGUGGUGUUUGUCACAAGAGAGCCCCAUUUAUCACCAUCUCCGGCCACACAUCAUCACCACCAAAGUGGAGCAUGAUGCCAUCAAGCUUCCUCUCACACACAGAUAUGCAAUCGAAGCAGAUGUAACUUACUUAGGAGUUGAAAACUUACCUGAGGCUGUGCUUGAGUCCAUCCGGCCGUCAACAUGCCUUAUCACUGUAAUGUUGGCCAACAACGAGACAGGCAUAAUGUUCUCUGUUGCUCACAUUGGCAGGUUAUUAGCAGAAGUAAACAAGAAACGUGAGAACGAAGGUUUGUUCAAGGUGCUCCUCCACACAGAUGCAGCUCAGGCUAUAGGGAAAGUUCCUGUCGACGUCACUGACCUCAACGUUGACUAUCUCACAAUUGUCGGACACAAGUAUUAUGGCCCUCGGAUUGGUGCCUUGUAUGUACGUGGUUUGGGCCAUAAGACACCUGUGUACCCAAUGUUUUACGGGGGAGGGCAGGAGCGUGGUUAUCGCCCGGGCACAGAGAACACGCCCAUGAUUGCAGGCCUGGGAAGGGCGUCUCUUCUGGUCCACAACAAUGUUCAGGACUAUUACACUUCCAUGAAGAAGACCAGGAACUACAUGGAGAGGCAGCUGAAGAAAGUGUUUGGUAACCAAGUGAAGAUCAAUUGUGUGGACCCAUGCAUAUCUUCGGACCCUGAAACUUGCUCUGUUCCUCCCCGUGGGCCCAAGCAACAGCAUUUCAUAUUCCCACGCCUUCCUAACACAUCGUCCGUCUCAUUUUAUUACAGACAGGUUGGAGGACCUGAAAUUCUGCGGCACUGUCGAAUGGUUCAAGCCAGUUGUGGGGCUGCGUGCCAUGCACACACGGAGCAGCAGAGUAUUUUAGAGUCAUCAGGCGUGUGCUCCUUCCAUGCCUCGCGCACCAUUCGCCUGAGCAUAGGGCGGGACACCACUAUGGAGGAGAUCGACCUGGCCAUCCAGGACAUAAAGCAGGCCAUUGAGAAGCUCAUUGGGCGCUCUGUGUAGACUGGAAGGAGAGUGACAGUCUGUAGCAAAAAGCGACAUUUUUUUACAUUUUGCAGUGUUAGGGUUGUUGGGUAGUGAAAAAAAAUAGCAAUGAAAAAAAGUAAUUCUUGUACUAAGUGUAAGUGUUUUUUGAAACCAGACCUACAUGCACUUAUUUUGAUUUUGGAUUUACUUGAUUUUACUUUGAAGAUAAUGUUACUUGAUAUUAUUAUUUUAUAUAUGGUAAGACAGAAAUCCAGCAUGUUGAUUGGGACUUAGUCAGUUGUUGAAUUUUAUAAUGAAAGUUUUCCAGAUUUAUUGUCUGAUAAAAUUGGUUACAAGGACACUAAAUAUGGUAACAGAAAUAGUUUAUUGUUGUCAUAAUUUCUAUUGUGUAUUUUAUUUUAUUGAACAUUUUUAUAAUCUUACAUGCAGAGGUGUGAAUUGCCUCUUGGGAGAUACUUCACCGUAGAGAGUUCAUAAGUAUAGGACUAUUGACCAAAAUGAAACUGAGGCAGAGGUGUACUUAAGUUUUGAAAGUAUUUUGAUGCUGCCAUGUACUGCAAGGGACAAUGUGAUAUUGCAAGUUGACUCUGUUGAGAUUGCAAGUUGGCUGUAUUGAGAGUCUGGGUUGUGUCCAGAGCUUCCCCAUCAGAAGAGGGAGCGAGUGGCAUGGAUACUCAAUUAUCAUGAAGACGCAUUGCAUUUAUAUUGAUAUAUUACGUGAUUGUAGUGCAAAGUAAAUUUGACAAUAAUUUUAGUGUUUUUGCUGCAGUUUGAUUGUUGAUGGUUCUUGGAUUUUUAUUUUAUUCUAUGUAUAUCUAGAAAAUUAUUAUUUUUUAACAAGGUGUCUGGUUCUAAGAGCAUUAGAUGUCUCUUCAGCCAGCAUGCCAUUCUGUUGGGUUCCCUUGCCCAAGGAAGCCACAGAUAGAGUGAUAUGUGUAGACAGCAAAUUGACUAUCAAAGAAAAAAAAAACAAAAAAAAUAAAAAAUAAAAAAAAAUAAACAUAAAAUUAUCAAUGAACUGUGAUACGCUGUCUGUGUUGUUGUCACCGUCAUGUGUAAGGGUACAGUAGAGUUGUUUUACCACAACUUUUCUGGAUGAAUAUGAUAGGAAGCUGGGGCACAGCAGGCAGCAGUCAGCAGGGAAGGAGAGGAAGCCCCACAGGCUGAUCUGCACAUGAAUGCCUGCGAGCAUUUUUUUUUUUUUUUUUUUUUUUUUUUUUUUUUUUUUUUUUUUUUUUUUUUAUUAAUACUUUUCUAUCAAUACUCUCCCAGAUAGAUGGAUUUGUGGAAUGAUUAGAUGGUUUUGGUUUUGAUAUGCCUUAUCGCAGGUUUGUCAUGGAGUCGGGAAUAUUUCGUACAUUGGCUCAUUCAUAAGAUCUUUAGGUCAGAUCAGAUCACAAAUUUGUUUUCAUUCACAUCUUGCAUAUCUGUUCUUGGUACCCAAAUUGCUACAUACACAGUGCUAUACAUAACACAUUGUCUGGAUUUGCAAUACCAAGCAAAGCAGGUUUAAAGCUCACUUGCAACAUGAGAGAAAGCAAAAUCAAACUGCCAGAUAAUGCAUUUUCUGCUAAUACAUCAGAGGGUCAUCUUUGCAAAUGAAAUUAGAUUUUGAACAUUAAAUUGCAUUGUUUUCAGUUUGUUCCUCUUGCAUUCGUGGCUACGGACCUUUCGGAAACGAAUGACGUCAGUCAAUAUCAUGCUGAGUGAAGUGAUUUUGCAAAAGCUGCUGUGUUGGUAUGUUAAGUAAUUUAUUUGGUAAGUUAAGGUUGACCAAGUAUUAUAAAAACAAUCACCCAAAUAUGUACAAAACCUUCAGAAGGUUGAACUUUUUUUAAUCACUUACGAACAUUUAUAAAUGUAGGGAAAUGUAAGCAAAGCGACAUUAGUUUAUUAAUAUUUUUGUGUUUUCUCCCCCUUUUCUUUCUUCAGUGUUGUGGGGGCAUGAUGGGAUUUUGAUGGUGCUCUUUUCUGAAACCAGUAGAAUUUCAGGACUGAGGGGCUAGUACCUGCGAGAAAUUAGUAGAGUCUUUUUUUCAUGUAUCAGUGUGAUUACCACAAAUAUAAUUGAUAUUGGCAAAUUUGUGAAAGUUUGCAUAUUGUUUACAUUCCAGUUGCAUUCCAAAAAGAUGUGUCUUUUUAUGUUGGUAUUCACAGAAGAUACAGAGUAAAUUCUUCAGCCACUA